AUGUAGGUCACCCACUGGCAGGCCGAACAUCUCCUGUGCAUUUUGAAUUUAUAUACACUCCUCAAAGUGCAAGAGCAAUCCCACAAGCCAUGCCCACUACUCAACAGCCUGUUGCCAUGGGCAUUCAUUCUACCACACCCACUAAUCAAGAUGAAGCCACACCCAAAACCCAGCGAAUACUCAUAUUAUACUCAAACGAUCCCCACGUCUCAUCGCUACCCCCUGACGUCAGACAUACUCAGGACGAAUACUUGAAAAGAGUUUCUGAUUUUGUACAAACACUUCAAAUGUUUUCUACGGUGAGUGGAACAGAUGGGCGGAGUUUCUCCGCCUACAAAUGCAUUUACGACGUCGACGAAUCUCAAAGAGAACACAUACAAAACUUCAACGUGUGGUCUUUCGAAAAUUUAGAAACCUGUGACACUAUCCUUCUCCUAAUGUCCCCUUUUAUAGGAGAUGUACUACGAGGGAAAAGUCCCGUUUUGGAGAUGGAAAAGGGCGUGGCUGACUCCCACACGCUAAUUAACGUUCUACCGAGAAAACGGGUCAUACCGGUUUAUCUUAACAUGCCAAAGGUGGCGGACUGGUUGCCUGUAUUUUUAAAGAGCACUCCGUCAUAUUUCAUCGAUUUAUUGGGAUUCCAGAGUGGAAUGAGCACAGUGACCAGUGAAGAGGAAUUUGGGAGACGCUCGUAUUUAUUAUUAGACGAAGAUCUGAACUUGAAGGAAAUGAGGGAUCUCUUAGCCGUCCUUCGUAGGGAACCUCCUCCGGAAAACCCAACUACUGUAUUUGCCGUACCACCACCUAAAAGUUCUGAUUUACAGUCCCAAGGUAUCCCGACUAAAUACCUUGACUUGGUCACUAGAAUGAUCCCACAUAUCUGGGACAGAGUUGGACUCAAACUGGGUUUCACGCUGAUCGAAAUACAAUCGAUACGGUCUCGAAAUAAAGACGAUCCAGAGCAAUCCAUUCACUCAAUGUUUUCAAAAUGGCAGGAAAGAGAUGGAGCGGAGGCGACGAUCGAUAUUCUAAUUAAAGUCCUUCAGGAACUACGUCUGAACGGGGUAGUGUAUAAAUUAAAAGCAGAAGUAGAGAAAGACAAGCAAAAAGAGAAGAAAUGAGUUUCUAGUUUGGUGUUUUUGUUUGUUGUUAUCGUUGGCAAGAAUGUAAAUUUAAA